AUGGCGGCAGUCGGAGCGCGCCCAGUGCUGUACCACCACCCGGCGCCGGCGGGCGACGCCGCCUCCAUGUCCUCCUACUUCUCCCACGGAGGCAGCUCCACCACCACCAGCUCCGCGUCCAGCUUCUCCGCCGCGCUCGCGCCGACGACCACGGCGCUCGCCGAGCAGUUCGACAUCUCCGAGUUCCUCUUCGACGACGCGGGGGUCGCCGGCGCGCCAGGCGUGUUCGCCGAUGGCGCGCCCCCCGUCGUCGUGUCGGAUGCCGCCGCCGCCGGUGGGGGUGGUGCAAUCAGCGCAGCCGCUGGGAGCGUGGCUGCGGCGGCGGAGGCGGUGCCGGAGCGGCCGCGGACGGAGCGGAUCGCGUUCCGGACGAGGUCGGAGAUCGAGAUCCUGGACGACGGCUACAAGUGGAGGAAGUACGGCAAGAAGUCCGUCAAGAACAGCCCCAACCCAAGGAACUACUACCGGUGCUCGACGGAAGGGUGCAACGUGAAGAAGCGGGUGGAGCGGGACAAGGACGACCCCAGCUACGUGGUGACGACGUACGAGGGGACGCACAACCACGUCAGCCCCAGCACGGUGUACUACGCCAGCCAGGACGCCGCCUCCGGCCGCUUCUUCGUCGCCGGCACGCAGCCGCCGGGCUCCCUCAACUAA